UCUUGUAUAAUCAGGUGAAGGAAGAGCCUUGAAAUUUUAGAUGUUUCGUUAGUCUGUCGUAGGAAUUGAAGCUUUGUACACGCUCUUAAAUCAAAACGGGUGAACGACGACCAGGACACUCUUCCCAUCUGCUAUCAUAGCCAAUUCUGUAUUACUCACUAGCAACUAUCUGCAAAGUGAAAGUUUCAGUGACUGUUUCUCCAGUGCUUUCUUUUUUCUUUUUUUUAUGUCCUCCAUCCGCGACGAACGACGAUUUAGCCACCCUCCCACAUUCAAUAUCGACUUUCUUUUAUCGCGUUGUAGUGAUGAUUUAAUAGUUGCGUGUUGCAAUUCAAUCCUCCCCUAAAAAGUUAGUGUGGAAAUUGUAUAGUUCUCAAGGUACCGAAAAUAUAAGAAAAAUACAAGGAUCAAAGUUCAAGUUAUUGAUUCGUAGCUGCAUUGCGAAAUUUCUCAAUGAAGUUCAUCCUCAUCGUCGUCUUUGUCUUUCUCGUAUUUGCGUGGGGUUGAUGGCGUCGCGGCGGCUUUACCAUCCAAUUCAAUCCCAUUCGGGGAAAUUAUGAAAUGUAAAAAAAACAUGAAAAAAUCAGUCGGGUAGAAAAACAAGAUAAGAGGACAGUGCAUAUAUCUGAUACCUUCAAGCUUUGUGCAAGUCCAAUUCCUAGUGGAUACGAGCGAGAAUUUAUUUUUACUAAUGUGCAGUAGUGAUAGUGAUUCUGUCUCUAGAGGAUGAAGACAGGAAUCAUCAGAAAGACCUGCCAGCGGUUUUUAGCUAAUGUUACUUCAAAGGACGAUAGUGAAUGUCAAUUGUAGAAGGUAAAGUGUCUGGGUAACGAAGUCCACACACGUUGCCUAACAUCUUCCUCCCUAAGGCAUCGCUAUUUUUUAUUGUGCACCCGCAAUAGUCUUUCUCUCGGGUGCAGUGCGCGAAAAGUAGGGAAAAAUGGGUCACACUCACAUCAGCUGUGCUCUCCCUUUUAAAUUUGUUGUGCAUAUUCGUUGUUAUUGUUGUGUUGAUGAUACUCCUGGUCUAUCUGAUGGUGCAAUUGUUGUUGACCUAGUGAUGAGUGUAUAAUGCUCGUGAUCCUGAACUACAUCACUUUCAUCAUCACAUCUACUAUAAUCAAGUAAUACUUUGUAAAGUUAUGGAGGUGACACAAGGACGACGGAGUAAAGCGAAAAAUGUGUCCCUUAUAGAUAAUUUAACCAGCUCAGCAACAACACGACUACCACCCCUCUCAAUGGUAGAGAACUGAACAACGAGGAAAAUCAAUAAAUUAUACAUCGAAUCACAACCAGUUGUAUUUAUAGGCAAAUACUGCGUGAUAUGUACUUACAUGAGUGUAGAUGAUUAUCAAAAUAUUUACAUACUGACUAUGAGCAAAUUAUUAAAUUCUUCACCCUGACAUGAGUUAUUUCCUCAACUCGUUGAAACAAUUUGCUGUUCAGCGUGACUUAGCCAAAGAAGCUGAAGCAAGAGAUAUGAAAUUCAGAUUGUUACCGCCGUCCCCUCCAAAAAUUGAUCCUGCUAAAAAUCUCGAUGCAGCAUCAUCCGAUUUCAAUCAAUGGCUGCAUGCCAUGAAAAUGGUGGCGCGGCUACCAGGUGGUAUGCCGCCCGAAUUUCGAAGAAAACUUUGGUUAGCUCUAGCUGAUCGAUAUUUACAAUCAAAGAAUGUUGACUGGGCCAAGGAACAAGAAAAAUGUUUCAGCGAACAAUGGCGCGAAGACGAUGAGGAGUUGGGAAUACAAAUUGUUAAGGAUCUACAUCGUACUGGCUCAAGUUUAUGCUCAGGCCCGGCAGGAUCAUUGAAUCAGGCCAAGCUCAAACGAGUACUUUUGGGGUAUGCCCGAUGGAAUCCUGAAGUGGGUUACUGUCAAGGUUUUAAUAUGCUUGGGGCCUUAAUUCUGCAAGUUAUGGACAAAAGCGAAGAAGAGUCCAUGAAAGUGAUGAUUUUUUUAGUAGAAGGUGUAUUGCCACCCGGCUACUUUAGCGGAUCAUUAGGCGGUUUACAAGCCGAUAUGGCUGUAUUUCGAGAAAUCAUGACAUCGAAAUUACCAAGGCUAGCUAAACACCUUCAAAAACUACAAGGACCUAUUGGCGAAGGCUCUUUUGAACCGCCUCUUACAAAUGUUUUCACUAUGCAAUGGUUCCUAACUUUGUUUUGUACAUGUUUGCCAAUAAAUUGUGUCCUGCGUGUAUGGGAUUUGAUAUUAAUCGAGGGUAGUGAUGUUUUAUUGCGAACAGCACUAGCUAUAUGGAGUUUGUUAGAAGGAAAAAUAUUAGCUACUAAAACCGCUGAUGAUUAUUAUUGCCGAAUGGGAACACUCUCAGGCGAGUUACUCAAUGGUCAUUUAAUCGAUUCAAAUGGCCUAAUCGAAAAAGUCGUGGAAUUAGGACCUAUUGCGGAAUUACAAAAGCUACGUGAGAAACAUCUUUACAAUAUCGCUCCUUGGCAAGAUAGGAAAGGCUUGAAGAUAUUUUACUCAGAUGAUGAACCUGAUUCUGAUGAAGAUUCUCGUCUGGCAGUUGCUACUGUGUGGGGUCUUCGUAUAAAUCGGCGAGGAUCAGCUUCUUCAUCAACUACCAAUAAACCGACAACAGACAAUAAAGAUCGCAUCGCUCUCGAUAUAUCCCUCCUGAAAAAGCAAUAUGAUCGUCUUCGUGAAAGACAGCGUCAAGCUCACAUUAUACUCACAGCCGCCGUUGCCAAACAAGGUACAGGUGUUGUCAACCCAUCCCCACCGAUUCAAAUGAAUCAACUUCUAAUGGGACGCAAUGCAAUCGUUACGAAUCGAGGCCGCCGAAUUGGUCCCCCACAAGGAGCUAUUCCUCCUGCUCGUAAAUUACCCGCAUCCAGUGCUAAACCUAUCAAGCAGACACUGGCAAAACCAACGAGACGAGGAGAAACCCUUCACUGGCACGACACCGAGGCAACGAAAAAGCGGAAAAAUUCAAUAACACUGAAGGAAGCAUCCUCAUCAAAACGCAGCAGUUCAGGUUCGGAUAGUUCAAAAAGCUAUGUUGAUGUUCCAACGUCUUCCAGAAGCAAUGUCUCGGAAAAAGCUUCGUCGGUUACAUCAUCUCGAAGUCGGAAGAAAAGCGAAUCUUCCUCAUAUAGUGAAGAAAGUGAUGCCAACUCUAGCACGAGUACCAGUCUUUGUGAUGAUGAUGAUAUGGACCUUAUAUCAUCUUCGCUGGAAGCAAGUCCUCUUCGUAAGUUUGAUACUAGUCCCAAAGCGUCUUAUCAGCCCACGAAUCAGGACGAAGAUGAUAAUGUUAACGAAGUGCCUGAUAUAAUUUUAAUGAGUUUAGAUAAAGAAGAUGCCGAAAAAAAGAGCGAUGUACCUGGAAAUGAAAAGUCUGCAAGCAUAGAGAAUCUUACUAAAUAUUGUGAACUUAUAGAUGAAGACAGCUCGGCAGAAUGUGACCGUAUUGGAAGCAAUAAAUUGUUUGGAAUCGGUGAAACGAACAGAGCAGAUAGCGCUACUACAAAUAUCUCUACCACUUUAGCUUCUACCAGUGCCUCAUCUACUCUAAAUUAUGCUUCUACCUUAGACAUGAAACCUAUGAGCUAUCUGGACGUUAGCACCAAAUCUCCUUUGGAAAUUACCAGUACAAGUCAACUGUCUCCAAUAGCUGAUAUUAGCACUUACAUAAGUACUUCUAGUAUAAGUCCUUUGAAGACCCCUUCAGCAACUUUCAAUUUAACAGAUUUGCUGACCAAGAAUGACGAAACAGCAUUCCACGAUACUGACGACAGUUACGAUGCCAGCGAAGAAGGCGUCACCAAUGAAUAUUUUGAGAGAGUUAACUUAGUUGAGCGGCCAAAGAAACUGGAACUUUUCUACUCAUUAAACGACCGGGAUAAUUUCUUGGAUAGAUUUAAAACGGCUUCCCCGGAAAGUGAGAAGACAUACAGCCCCGGUAAUAUGACUCAAAAAGAGGAAAAAGGAAAGGAUAAGAAAGAAAUUCAACAAUCCGAGGUAAUUGGAACUCAUGAGAAAAGUCCAUUGCACCAAUCACCUGAUGUCUCCCCAAUCGAUCAUUUCAAGAUACGAUCAUCUGACCUGGCAUCAUCCAAUUCACCUAGUCCAUUUAGUGUUACAAAACAUGCCAUAAGACAUCCUCUUCAUCACCAUAUCGAUCGUGAGAAAUCAUUUUCUUUUGAUGAUGCGACAAUAGUGGAAAAAGAAGAACCUCGCCCAACUUCGUGUCCUGAAGCGAGAGCUGACAUUGUGGAAGGUAAAUGUAGGAGCGAUCGUGUUUUGAAAAUCAUUGAAGAGAAUUCAAUGAUUUUACAUAGGAUUUUGAAGAAACAUGCUAUCAAAUCAGGGGAGGGAGCUGAAGAAGACGGGGGUAAUGAUAGUAUAUCUAAUGUUGUAGCGGAUGUUCGUAUUGCAUUACAAGAAACUGUUGGAAGUGGACCUGAUCUGUAUGAAGUGAUAGAUAACGCAACAUUAGGCAAUAGUAAAACUGAGGAAAAGGGCUGUGAACCCAAUAAUGAAAAGAGACUAGAAAGUGAAACUAACGUUCUGCCAAGCAAUAGCGAACAGAUCGAUACAUCAUAUAGGGUCGAUCAGCAAAAAGAGCCCGAAAAAAGCAGAUUCAGUACAAUCUUCGAUCCAAUGGAGUCCCCCAGAAAGCUCGAUCGAGAUCGAUCUUCAUCGCGUCCAAGAUCCAGAACCGAAAUCCCCCUGCGCUAUGACGACAAUAUAGCCGAUCGUUUAGCUUCUAUAAAAAAUACAAUCAAAUCUAUCGAUUCACUUUGCGACGAUCGAAACUCCUACAAGAGGGACAAAUGCCAAAAGUACAUAGACUCGCUUUUCGAACAAAAACAACAAACCACUGCUCCGGUAAUACAGAUAAGUGAACCAAUAAACGAUUACAAUUCCAAUAAGGAUUACACGACUAAUGAGUUUUCCAGCUAUACAUCCCGAGCGCGGUACUCACGCGACCUGAGGCGGGAUAUAUCUCCAAGACGUAGGUUGGACGAGGAUCGGGAAGAGUAUGAAAGUCGUGCACGUCGUGAUAAUUUGCCAACAUAUUCAACUAAUUUUAAGGAUAAUGAGAAUUCAUCGGUAGACCCUACACAUAGAAAUAAUAAUAAAAGUCCCAUACGAUGGAACAAUCAAAAUAUUAGUGAUUUGAAAGACUUCGAUGGCACAACUUCCCCCUGUGCGUAUAAUCCUAAUAAAAUAGAAAUCCGGCACACAACCGUGACCGCAACCAUGUACGACCGCUACCUGUAUCAGAAAAAGGAGCGUGAUGCCAAAACCGACAAAUCCCCGCCGUCUCCGAUUAUAACUAAGGCCUACCUAGACUCAUUGAAACCGAACUCGUCAUUCACUGGCAAUCGUUAUGCUCGUUCGGCCGAAAAUUCACCCACUAGGGAUAAAGCUAGCACAAUCAAACAGGCAGGCAGACAAACCCCCUUAGCCACUAGCCCCUGUGAUACUAGACAAGACAUUCAAAUUCGAAGCUGCGACAAUAUUCUUAUGCAACUAGGAACUUGUUCCACACUAACUACAAGCACAACCGCCAUGCAACCGUCAUACAGUCCACUUUCAUCGCCACCAAAAUCAUACCAAACAUCCUUAAUAACUAUCGAACCCUACAAAGGACCCUUAGAUAGAUCGGACCCGAAAAGCUGAAAUUAUAACGCUGUUUUCAUUCAGACAAAAUACGCUUGAGGACGUUGUAAUUGAAUCCCCGCUUGGAUUUUGCUUAGUCGUUAGACAAAUUGAAACCACUUCGAAUGUAAUGCUUGGUAUUGUAGUUAACCUCCAUUUUGAAAAAAAAAAGUUUCCUCCAGUUACUAUGAAUGUAUAUAUGUGCCAUAAUACACAAGACAAAAAUUACUGAAAGUAGAGAGCAUGUAUUUCUUCGAUUGAAUUUCAACCAGACAUGGACACAAUGUGUUGCAUUAAAAAGUUAAUUACAUUCUGAAUUUAGGGUUUAUAUUAUUUAUUUAUUUUUUUCUACGAAAGUGAGAGCAGGUUCCUGAAGAGAAACGCAUUCAUAUGCACAAGGAAGGAAGAAAUGGGUUCGACCUUGCUGAAAAACUAACGUUUCCAGGUGUUAAACAUCAUCAUUUGUUGAACAUAAAUAAUCUUUGUAAUUGUCUAAAAGGUUCUUGAAAAUGCCAUCCGGAAUUUGGGGUUCGAUUAGGAAAGCUCCAGGAUUAAAUCGAUAUAAGUAAUUUGAUAGAAUUAAAUCAAAUUUAUUUAAGCCGCAUUUAUCUUGCGCAUAAUAAGACGUCACAUAGCACAAGAAACAUAUCGCAAGACGAUAUGAAGUAAUUAUUUAUAUACCAUUUAUAAUUGUCGCAAAAAAAUGGCGUGCACCUGUGCAGUUGGGCUAGGAAAACAAGUUCAAUUUAGCAAUUUUUGAAUACGAGUGCAUGGAACACAAUAUACACAUAUACACAUACGCAUUCCAGUUGCCAUCUUGUUGUUGUUGGGUAUUGAAGCCACGUAACUUGGCAGAAACAUCACUUGCAGCAUACUAUACUAAACACUUAGGUCGUCUUGCACUAUGUAUCUUAUAUACAUAGAUACUAAGUAAUGUUUCGUUAUGCGCAUCCUAAAUGUGGCCUUAUAGUUUCUUAUGUUUUCUUCAAUCGAAAGGCUAAUGUUAAGACCUCUGCAAAGCCAAAAGGGCAACUAUAUAUUCCCAUUAUUUUUCAAAAUCUAUCUGAAUAUUUCAACUCCGCUCUAUCUCGAUCGAUGAAAAGAAAAUGUUCAAUCGUAAGUAAGAUAACUUUCUUUAACACUCCUACUCGUAUAACUACUUCUUACAAUAAUAAUUAUUGUUAUCUAAUUCAGAGUUUACAUUUCUAGGUAAGAACUAUUCAAUUAUUAUCUUUAAUUGUUAGUUAGUCGCAUUUAACUAAGUAAAAAUCGAAUGAAUAAAUCUUCUUGACUGAUUUACUCUCUGGCUAUUAUAUACUUAAUUGUAAUAUGUGAGGUAAUCGAAUCUAAUAUAUUUAGUUUUAAAAAUAUCAUAAUUUGACGAAAAAUUAAAGAAAACGAACAUGAAGUGAAAGAACAUUGCAUGUUUGGGAAACAAGCCAUAAAAGAACCCAAUUCAAAUGAAAAAUA